AUUUUUCCAAUACAUGAUCUUUGAACAUUAAAACUAUUGUAUAGUAGGGACUAAGAUUCUUUGAAUAGAUAUGUUUUAUUGUUUAUUUUUAUAUUAUUAUUAUUAUUAUUAGUAGUAGUAGUAGUAGUUGUAGAGACAACAGUGUGAGUAGUUGCUGAUCGAUAAUAAACAAGGCAAAGCGUUUAGUUGCACGCACAACCCUUACUUUGAACGCCAUGUUACACGACUUCCGCUUUCUUAUUCGCUCCUUGCUCUCUAGCUUGACGCACACUAGCGGGCAGCUAUCGGCGGAACGCUGGGGCUCGGGGAGGGGGGGGCCGAGCAGGGUUGAGCGUGUUAGCUUAGCCCGCACACCCCGCUAGGCGAGUCAUCGGCUAGCCAGCAUGCUAAUGGAGGCAGCCUAAGCGCGACACACUGCAGCAAGUCUCCCGUGUGACUCCGUAGAGGUCCAGCCGAGGCGGAGCCAUGCGACAGUGGUGUGUCCCCGCUGCGACCCCGCGCACCGAGCCAGUCCCGGGGCGCCUGUCUGUGUCACCCCCUCCGUCGGCCUGCACAGGACGGUCCACGGGGUGAAGUUAGGGCUGGGACUGAAGGGACCUGAUGUCAGGUGACGUACUGUACGCCAGGGCGCCCUCUCCUGAAACGUGCCCUGGACCAGCGAGGCAAGAUGCCAGGAUGGAGUGCUGCGGGGUGGAGCCGCGAUACACCAUCGAACAGAUCGACCUUCUGCAGCGCCUGCGUCUGUCCGGCAUGACCAAACCUCAGAUCAUCCACGCCCUGGAGUCCCUGGAGAGGCUCGACCCCGACCACCGCCCUUCGCACUGUGACUCUCGGCCGGCCUCGUCCAACAACACCCCGACCACGGUUGCUCCAGCCCCUUCCUCAUCCUCGUCGUCCUCCUCCUCACUCUCCCUGGCCUCCGCCACCACGCAGACAUCCGGCCUGGACGGCGCCGCGCUGUCACCCAGCAAUAGCUACGAGGCCUCCCCUCCUCCCCUCUACCCGCCUAAUGUGGCAGUCCAGCGGUCGUUCAGCUAUGAUAUGAUGGGAGAGGAGGAGUGGGACCUGGAGGAGAAGGUGGAGGAGUACAUGAGGAGAGACAGCAACCUGGUGAAAGAAGAGAUCAAAACCUUCCUCAAUAAUCGCAGGAUUUCUCAGGCAAUCGUCGGCCAAGUUACAGGCAUAAGCCAGAGCUACAUCUCCCAGUGGUUGCUGCAGCAGGGCCUGGAGAUGAGCGACUCCAAACGCAGAGCUUUCUACCGCUGGUACCUACUGGAGAGGAACAACCCAGGGCUGAGGUGGACUGAAAGCCAGCACAGCGUGAGUCCCCUGCCCAGGGCCAGGGGAGGGGACAGAGACGGGACGGUGGCGGGGGCAAGUGGCAGCCUCCCCAACCCCAACACCAACCUCAACCCCAACCCAGUGUGGAGCAGGCAGAGAGAGCUGCUGAUGCACUUGCUGCCGUGGUACACUGCUGCCGCCGCAGCCGCACAGGCCCAGCCAGGUGCCACCUUAUCAAUGCGGUCUCUGGUGAAGGAGGAGCCUGACUGGAGAACAGGCAUCAUGGCCGGGGACAGAGCAGCCAUGGUGGGCGGCCCCCUGAGGCUGCGCAGAGGAAGCCGGUUCACCUGGAGGAAGGAGUGCCAGUCAAUCAUGGAAAGUUUCUUUGUGGAGAAUCAGUAUCCAGAUGAAGCCAAGCGAGAGGAGAUCGCCAGCGCCUGUAACUCUGUUAUUCAGAAACCAGGCUGUAAGCUGUCAGAGUUCGAGCGUGUGACGGCCUUGAAGGUGUACAACUGGUUUGCCAACCGCCGAAAAGAGAUGAAGAGACGAGCCAACAUUGAAGCUGCCAUUUUGGAAAGCCAUGGGAUUGAGGUGCCAAGUCCAAGCUGCCAAUCAAACAGUGAGGAGGGAGAGAUGCAAGAGUUUUCUGAUCAGAUGAAUCGAUUCUCAGAGCAAGAAGACACGUCCUCCCAGAGGCUUGUUGACCAGCAGGACCCGUCCUCGUUGGCUGCUACAGAGGUAGCGGCCCUGCCAAGCAGCCCUCAGGUCCCGGAACAGAAAGAGGAGAGCUCCAAAAGGGAGCCCGUGGACGAGGAGUGACCAAAGGCCCAAUUUUAAACAACUGAUGAUAGGAAACAAGAAGUGUCUCCUCUACAUGUGUAGGGCCUCUGGGGCCACUGACACCCAAAAAAAUGGAAGGGAAGAGGUGCUGAAGCUCGGGAGGUGUCUCUGAUGGCAAGGAGGUCACUGUAUUUAUCAACAGUAAUCCUGCUUAUAUUAAUGGCAAUAUACAGUAUACAUAUAUAUAUAUAUAUAUCUAUAUCAAUAUAUAGUGCAUUCCAAGAUGGUAUUAAAAAGCCUAAAUCCCUCAGAGAGAGAAUCAUGUAAAGGAUUCCUCGCAUAUCUUAAGCUAAGCCUUUUCUGUUGUUGCUACGUACCUUCGUUUUGCUUUCAGAGGGAUGUUUGAUGUGCUGAGCCUGCAGGUCAGGUUGUGUGUUGGGCUCAGGGACGACGUGCCCCUCAACGAUGCCGUCUCUGGUGGCACAGAUUCCCUCUGCUCACAUAAAUGUCUUCAACCCCCCCCCCCUCCCAUAUGGUUCGCGAGACUCGAACCUCAACACCACGACUGCUUAAAUCAGUUCAUUCAACGGAUGCUGUUGCCAUGGAAGCUGUAGAAGCCCUGAGGGACAACUGGAAUCUCAGGUAAUCCCAAAAAACUGGAUAAAGACAGAAGAUGUGCACCAGAUUGUUUUUGUCUUAACCUGUGCUUUGUUUUCUUCAUCUUAACCAAAUCAGGAUGUGUUAUUUAUACCUUUUUAUAUUGGCUGAAUGAGAAGACGUCUCUGUCAUCUGCUCUCAGUGUUACUGAACCCAGCUGUCUGGUUUUGUUUGGACUGUGCCCUCAUCCUCAGACCUCAGUUCAGCCAGUGAAGCUAGACCACUUCCACGGGUCUACUCGCGUUCUUCCUUAACAUGUGACAACAAAUGUGAUCAGACGUCUUGCGGCGCUGGUCCACAUGCUACGAGCACCUUCCAUUCUACUGAACACACUAAAGCUUAAGCAGCCUCACAGUUUGUAGAACUGUGAGGCUGCAGUGGAGCUCACUAAGUGGAAAAGGGGAGCGCCACAGACUCUGUUUGGGCCUAGACAUGUACUGUACAUAACCCACCAAUACAAGUUCACGGGUGCUUACAUUUAAAUUGCAUUCACACUAUAUACAACAGUUUUUUUUUUGUCAUACUUGAAAUGACUCGCCGACUUAAAAAUCUGCAUUAUGUAGUCCCUUAUAUCAGCAGGCCCAAGGCCUCGGGAGUUACUCCCUGUGUGUCCAUGAAAUGGACAAAGACGCUUGUUCUCACGUGGCCCCCGACAGGCAGCCACCAUGUUACCUCCAAUGCCAAAGCUAUGCCAAGGUAGAGAUGAGCUGCAAUAAACUGUGCUUCCAGUAACGGGACACAACACGGUCACCACAGUAUAGACACGCCGAUCACCUGAGACGUUCAUGUGCUCGGUCAAACACUAGCCAACUCUAGCUUACCUCAGAAUCACUGCGUCGUCCACGCGUCACAGGCCGUGACUGUGGGAGACGCACACAGUGUUAUGUAGCAUUUCUAACAGCGGGGCCUCCCCUGUGUUGUUGAUGUGUACUCACCUCAGAUGUCCUGUCGCCCGGCUUUGGACUGAUUAUUCUGCUCCUCUCUGUCUGCUUUUACCUGACAAUGAGAACAAAAUAAGAAUAAAACUGCAAACAAUCA